AUGGCAUCCCCAACGCGCAGGACUACCCCGCCCUUCACCCAAGAGCGCGACAGACUCUUGACCCAGCUAAACGAGCAAAGUAUAGCUCUCCGCCGAUCACCAGAGCAAUAUCUUGAAAUCGCCGACGUCCUGGAUGAACUAGCCCAGCAGAUCUCAUCAAUCAAAAUUGAGAACAACCAAUCGCGCUGCUUCAGCAUCAAAUGCAAUGCCCUCACCAGCACCCUGCUGUGCCACAGCGAGCUACUGAAAUGUCACCCGAGCCGCUCCGUCGAGAUCGCCGCGUCUAUCGACCUGAUGCAGCUACAGCUGGGUCGACUUACCAUGAAGGUGGACGACGACGAUUUCGCACAGAAGAUGGAUGCGCUGUCGAAUCGCAUGGAGACAUCAUGGACGCCGACUGAUGAGAUGGAUGUGAAGGAGAUCAGACUCAAGGAACAUCUGCAUAAGAUCUGGCGCGAGCUCAAUCUCAGUGUGCCCGGUUGUGAAUGCGGUCAAUGCCAGGAUCAGGACGGGGAGAGCUUGGAUUCGUUGAAGGUUUCGUGA